AUGGGCUGGGUUUCCCAACUUGUUGCUCUGCUGGCCGGGAGCCUUUUCACCUUUGUUCUAGAUGGCGCGAAGGAGGGAGGAACUUACGUCAGCUACGAAUUUCACGUUCUAAAUACGAAUCUACCGGAUCAUGGCCGUAUGUGCAAAGCUUCAGAAGCAGACACAAUGCCAAUGCCGCAGUCUGAAAUUGAAAAGGAAGCCAGUGUAGAUGUAUCGACUCUUCGCGAUCCGCAACCCGAUAACGCACGAGUUCAACGUCCAGAAUGGCUUGUGGUUAUCGGAGUGUGUACGCACUUGGGUUGCGUUCCAAUCGCCAAUGCUGGCGAAUUUGGUGGUUACUAUUGUCCCUGCCACGGUUCUCACUACGAUGCCAGCGGUAGAAUUAGAAAAGGGCCAGCACCUUUGAACCUCGAGGUGCCUCCUUAUGAAUUCUCCGAGAAUACCGUGGUUGUAGGUUAAUCUUUAUAUGACUUUAAACUCGUAGCAAAAAUUCGACAUCUGUUUCGUGGAGUAAUUUUUCUUGAGGCUCACAAACAUGUUGAAUCAGGUGUCGUUUUAUUCAUGCCCGAAUUUUAAACGAUAAGUAACUCAGUCUGUACUCCACGAUAUAAAAUAACAGUGUAAUCAAUACUGUUGUACACACUUCAGAAUAAAUGUUAAAUUAAAACGAAA